AACCUAACCUAACCUAGCCAAACGCCAGUCUAGCUAGUAUGUAUGUAGUAUGUACAUUCUUUACAUAUGCACCCGCAGAUUGUAUCCUCAUAGAUUAUACUAUAAAUAUGGUUGUGGUUAAUAUGAACAAAUUCCUUCUGCUGAUACUGCAGUCUACUCUGUCCAUCAAACUAUCACAAUACCCAACCUUCCCAACCACCCCCAUACCAGCGGCCAGUCUACAAUCAAUACGUGACCUGCAAGCAACCUCUUAGUGGUUUACUAUACUUCUGAGAAUGAAUAAUAUUCGGUUCUAUAAGCCCCCCAGUGCCCCCAAGUCCCCAAAGCCUUCUAAACCCCUUCCACCCCACAGCAAAGCUACGUUACCAUUAGCUCAAGAAACAAGCAAGACAGAACAGCCAGCUCCUGAACCUGCAUUAUUA